CUCCACCUUCUCUGGUCAUGUGACUAUAUAAACCGCAAAACAACACUGGUGAUCGAAAUAUAAGUCUGUAAAUAGUUGCACUGCAAGAAAGAACUUGCUAGCAAGAUCAAUUGUUUACACUUUACAGGAAAUUAUAACUGGAUCCACACCUGUCUAACAGGCAGGCCGUUUCAAUGCAUUACAGAGAACCGAAAACGCUGCGGAGAUGGACGCGUACGAUUUGUUUACAAGUUGCAGAAAGGGCGACAUUUCCAGAGUUAGGUAUCUUGUUGAACAGAGAGACGUGGACCUCAAUGUAAGAGACAAAUGGGACAGCACCCCGUUGUACUAUUCUUGCCUCUGUGGCCAUGAGGAGCUGGUCCAGUACCUGUUGGCUAAUGGAGCAAAGUGUGAAGCCAACACAUUUGAUGGAGAGCGAUGCAUGUAUGGCUCUCUGAGUGACUCCAUCCGACGUCUCCUAAAAGAGUACAAGUGCAUCACAGCCCAAGCCAUGCAGAGGGACUAUUAUGACCACUUUCUUCUCACGUUACUGGAGCAGGGCCAGUAUAGUGACGUCAAGUUCCUGGUUCACGGUGAGACAUUUCAGGCUCACCGCUGUGUGCUGAGCGCUCGCUCAGAGUACUUCACAGCCAUGUUUGAAACCAAAUGGAAAGGAAAGAACUUGAUCCCCCUCAAACACCCUUUGAUCAACCCAGCAGCCUUUGGUGCCAUCCUGCAGUAUUUUUACACUGGUCGUAUGGACAUUGACGUGAGCCACGUGGAGGACUGCAAGCGGCUGGCCAAACAGUGCAAAAUGGGCGACCUUAUUGAUGAGUUGGAGAGCAAGUGUAAACAGGUGUAUGAGUUUGUCUCCAAUAAGCCAGGGACCUGUGUAAAGGUUCUGACCCUGGAGCCUCACAGCUGUCAGCAUCAGGAGGAGAUGGCUCAACUGGCAGACUGUGCCCUCCCUGCUGAGCUAAAAGUGGGAUUUGGCGAGCUUCCAUUUGACAGAACUGAUAACUUCCCUAGCUACCCUGACAUUUGCUUCAGGGUUGAAGGUUAUGACUUCCUGUGUCAUAAGGCGUUUUUCUGUGGACGCAGUGACUAUUUUAAGGCGUUGCUGCAGGACCACUUCAGUGAGGGAGAGAUGAUGCAGUCCCAGCCCAGCACCCCAGUCCUUACCAUCCACAACAUCUCCCACGAGAUCUUUAUCCGUCUCCUCUAUUACGUAUACAGCGACGACACUGAGCUGUCCCCAGAUAAUGUGUUUGAUGUGCUGUGUGUGGCUGAUAUGUACCUGCUCCCCGGGCUGAAGCGUCUGUGUGGUAAGACGCUGGCCAAGAUGCUGUGUGAGGAUAACGUGUUGCACAUGUGGAAGACAGCCAAGCUCUUCAGACUGUCUCGUCUGGAGGACCAGUGCACGGAGUACAUGGCUAAGAUCAUAGAGAGGCUGGUAGAGCAGCCUGAGUUUGCUGACAUGAUCAAGGAGGAUGCUGGGGCAGUGGAGGACCGACACGAGACCGACUCCAUCCCUCUGGUGGACGACAUCCGCUUCCACAUCACCAGUAACGUUCAGACCUUCAGUGCCAUCGAGGAGGCCAACGUGAAGCUGGACGCCCUGGAUCAGCUGCUCUCCACCAUCGGUCUGGAAUGCUAAUGAGAAGGUGUGGGGGUGUGUUAGGGCUAGUACUGGCUAAGCUAGCUGCUAGCCACAACCAGUGGCAAGAAGGACUUGUAUUGGACUGUUGAAGGGUAUUGGGGGAGACAUUAAAUAGCUUUCACAUUAUACACACAAAAAGAGUGUUUACUUCAAAUAGUUUAAAUGCUUCUGGGCCCGACCAGGUGGUGGGCAAAGCACCUUUUUGCGAAUAAUGUGAAAGCUGAUAAUGCAACAAUUUGUGUAUUGGGUACAUUCUAGUAUUGACCUGGAAUGUCAAAGACCGAAGUAUGUAGGGACUGGAGGCGUCAAGUUGCUAUUGAGUAGCUAGACAAGGAUAGGGUUGCUGAAGAAGUUGAGGAUGAUGUUGCAUUGGAAUGAAUGAAACACACAGAUACAGAAGCCCAUGUGAUGAGGAUGAAGAGUGAGGAAUGGAGUGUGGACUCUGAUUGUAAUAUAUACUUUCGUUUGCGGUUUUAUUUUGAAGUAAUGUGUCUUUUUCUUGGAAUGACAGGUCAUCUGACCACAAACAUUGUAGACCCAAUAUCACAGAAGAUAUUACAGUAUGUUGGCUUAGAAAUGUAGCUAUUAAAGAACCUUCGCAUUUUUGUGAAAAAUAUCCAAUUAUGAAAAUCUCUGUUUUUAAACAAAGAGACUCAGAGAAACAGCAAAUAUCUGACUCUUGUGAUGAUUUAGAAUAAUUAUAGAAUUCUGAAUGACAGCAAAAAAAAUGUUUCCCCUAACAUGGACAUUACUCUUUUUAUUUUUACCUUCAGAUUUUCCUGACUGAUAUGAAUUUGUUACACUAUGUUUUAGCGGCUUGCUUUUCUUAAGAGGCAAGACAUUUUGAUUAUUUUUCAUCUUGUGCUAGUAUAUUGUAGGCCUAAAUGCAUGCUGAUUACUCUUGUUGUGUAUGCAUGAUUUAUCUUUAUAGAAUGUAGCUUCUUAUUUAGGUGUUAGGAGAGGAAACCAUAGCUAGUUACAUGGCUAUGUUAAAUAUUGUUUAAUCCAAAAAUAAUGAAAAGAAAUUCAGCCUCAUGUCGCAUAUGAUUAACAGUAAAAGUUUCAAUACAUUGUCAUAA